AUGCCGCCGCUCAGCUUCCUCCGCGACUCGCCCGUGCCAGAUCCGAGUCCCGAGCGUCUUGCCGCGCUCUACGCAUUCACUCGUGCGCAGGCGACGUCAAACCCUGACGGCUAUGCAAGCAACGUAGCGUGGUGGGGCCAAGUCCUCGCCGCCGGACUGCAGGAAGGUACUCUAGGGGAUGCGGACGGAAGCGGUAGCGCCGCCUCUUCGCGCGCCGGCAGUGCUUUCAAGCCCGACCUGGCCAGUGCCUCAUCGAAGGGGCCAAGGGACACACUGGUCCUCACGGUCGACGACGGGCUGUUGUCAAGAGUCACGCAGGACGGGCGACGGCCAAAGGGCCUCGGCGGCGUUGUUGAAUCACUCGCUUCAGAGCGUUCGCUGAUGAGGCUUGCCGCGUACAAUGCCCUCACGUCUGGCGUUGAGCAGGGACCGGGACUCGCGCGCCGAGCACUGGGCGCAGGGCUGGGCUUGAUCGGCGGCCUCGUCUGGGGAAAGGGUGCGCCGGCGCCUGAAGAAACGUGCUGGAAGACGGCGCAGGGCAGAUGGGUCCACGUCGGCAACGUCAAGGUGAGUUCUCGCCCGACCUAUGAGGCGGCUGCGACGUCCUUCGCGGCACACCUCGCAGCCAACCCGCCGCUGCACCACAGUGACUGCCUCUUCUCCCGAGCGACCUUCCUCGAGACAUUUGCGACGACAGCACCAGAAGCUCCGUUGACGAAGCGAGACGUUGACGUGCUGCUUCUGUACCUACAGCGAGACGUAGGAUCGGUGCAGAUCGACGGUGACGUCGCUUCUCCUCUUGGCCUCGGCGAGGGUCCCAUCACGGAAGCGGACCGUGGCACGCUCAGCGUGAAGAGCACCCUCGCGGCUGUCGAGGCACAGAUCGAGGACAUUGAAAGCCAGAGCGCGAAAACAAUGGACAAGGUUCGCAGCUCGCUGAAGGCGGGGCAGAAGGCCGGCGCCGCAGCGUACCUGAAGAGCAAGAAGGGUCUUGACGACGUGCUCUCCAAGCGCAUCGCGACGGGGGAGCAGCUCCGCUCAGUCCUGCGAUCAAUUGACGACGCGAAGAGCAAUGCUGAGAUCAUGUCCGCGUAUGAACUUUCGACAUCGUCUCUUGCCUCGGCGCUUGCUGAUCCUCGCCUGUCCCCGGACCGUAUCGCGAACACGACGGACGCGCUUGCCGACGUCCUCGCCGACAGCAAGGAGAUCUCGGACGCGAUCGAGAUCGGAGGCGCGCAGGCUCGCCAAGCCGCGGGUGCGCCCGAGUUCGACGAGGACGAGCUCGCCGCCGAACUCGAUGUGCUCGUGCUUGAGGAGAAGACGGCUCAGAAGGAGCGCGCGGAGCGGGAGGCCCGCGAAGCUGUCGCGCGGAAGGAGGCCGAGGGGAAGGCUGCCGCGGCACGCAAGGUUGCGGAGGAGAAGCAGAAAGUCGAGGAGAAGGAGAAGAAGGAGCGCGAAGAGCGAGAGCGCGCUGCACGAGUGGCCGCCGCACAGCAGGCAAUCAAGUCUAGUGAGAAAGUCGCAGAGAAGACGGAGGGAAGCAAGAUGACGGAGGAGAAGGAGCGCGCCGAGCGCGAGCGUCUCGAGAAGGAGAGCCAGCGCCUGCCUGCCGAGUAG